CCCCACCAGGUCAGGGAGUCUGACCCCAUGACUGCACUUGACCCAGGGAACACCCCAGCUCAGAGGCUUCCAUGGGAUCCCCACCCUGUACCCAGUGGGAGGAGAGUCAGGGUGGGAGGAAAUUCUUCCAUAUCAUGUUGCCUUCCUGGUCCAGGGUCAGAUUCCACUGGCCUUGCCAGUUAAAUUCCCAGUUAACUCUGGGGUUGGUUACACUGCUAGAAAGGAAGGAGGGCAGGCUUGGGGCUUUCCUUCUCUGAGUAUCAGUUUGGUCACCUGUAAAGUGGAAAAGCACAUCCACCAGUGAACAGGUAGCAAGGGUGUACAGCCACGCUGGGGUGGGUUAGAGUUAUAGCCCAUUUUACAGGUGAGAUGAAGCUGCUUGGCUGAGCCAGGGUGCAAUCCAAGGUCUGAGAGCUGCACCUGAGCGUCUGGGCCCUGCACCAGGGGGCUGGAAAAAGCCCACGGAGGCUUCACCCCCCUCCUCCCUUCUUCCCUCCUAACUUCCUCCCUCCCUCCCUCCUCUUCUGGACACCAGGAGACUAAUGGAGGGCCAGGACCCCAGGCUGUCAGCUGGGAUGGAGCCUAGGGUUCUAGCUUCCAGCUCCGGGGCUUGGCCCCUUCAUUGGCUGGUGACCUGUGCAGAAACUGCCCCGGGGCACCACGCUUAGCUCAAUGUUCUGCUGUUGCCACUUGAAAUUGUUUGUUUGUUUGUUUUUAACAAGGGGCUGCGCCUUUUCAUUUUGCACUAGACCUCACAAAUCAUGUAGCCAUCUGUGCCAGGGAGUCUGGGUGACCCAGGACAGUCCCUCUCCCACCCCCAGCCUUCUCAGGAGAGACUGGAGACCUGGCACCUGGCCCACCUGCCUUUUGUGCUCUGCCUCCCCCUACUGGGUGCCAGGUGUGCCCAGAAGCCUCUGCAGGCAUGCCCCCCGGGCUGGGGGGCAGGGAGCACGCCCGUGGGAGGGAGCAGGCUGGCAGCUGAGCCACAGCUGCUGGCCCGGCAGCUGGCAAGUGUUUGUGAGUAGGCGUUCGGCAGAGGUAAGGGGGGAAUGUAACCUGGCAGGCAGAAGGGUUGGUGGGGGAACUUCUGGGCCCAGAGGGAGGGCUCUGGAGUCAGACCUGGCCUCGUUCUGGCUCUACUUCCUGCCGCGGGACCCUGGCAGGUUAGUGCCUCCCUCGUGUGUAAAAGGUACUAAAGUAGUCCCUACCUCACGGGAUGGUACAAACUGGGAGAGAUGGCAUCCGUAAAAUGCCUGUCCCCAGUGCUGGCCCUUGACAUGUGGGAGCCAUCAUCUUCAAUGGGGUCACCCUUGCUCAGCCAGCCCUGCCCUCCUCGGUGGUGGUGGUUGGGCAGGAAGACUUCCCACUCCCAUCAGCUGUGUCUGCUCACCGCGUCAUCCUCUGUCUGCAAGGCCCAGGGUCUGCUGGGUUUGCUAGGACUCCAACUCCACCCCCUCCCAGCAGGUUGCCUCCUCCUCCUGUUCCAUUGCCUGGGAGGUGCUAGCCAAGCCCUUGGGGCGUAGUGUGCAGAGGCACCUCUGUCUCGGCCCUGUCCUUGGGUGGGUGGGAUGUUUAUUGCUGUGCUGGCCCAGAUAUUGUCCUUCUGGGGUGGUGACCCGGCAGGGACGAUCCACCAGCUACUUCCUCUAGGCAGACGAAGAUGACUGGUGACUGGAUCUGGGCCUGCUGACAGCUCUCUGGACCCCCAUCUCUGCCACUGCAGUUCCUGCAGCUUCCGGGAGGCUGCCCAGAGGAGUAAGCGAGGCGCUCGGGUGCCCCGGGCCGGGGCUCGUCCGCCCCUCACCCAUCCCCGCCUGCACCGCCCAGGGGCGGGGCCACCCGCGGCCCCCGAAGGCUCCGCCCGCCUCCCAGGCCUGAACCGAAGAGCGGCGAGCGGCGGCGCUAGGACCCGGCGGGCCUGGGCUGCGGCGGGGCCUGGGCGGCCAGAGUGGCGCGGACCCUGGCUCUUGGCUUCCGGCGCCAUGUGAGGGGGCUCGGGGGUCGCGGGGAGCCGGGCGCUCCCCGGGGGAGAUGAGGAAACUGAGGCUCAGAGAGGUCACAUGGCUUGCCCGAGGCCCCUCAGCCAGUGUGAUCCCACACCCCUGCCCCCUGGGCCACCUGCAGGACGCUGGCCCCUGCCCCUCAGCAGACGCCGGAGAGAGAUGAGUAGCAACAAAGAGCAGCGCUCAGCGGUGUUCGUGAUCCUCUUUGCCCUCAUCACCAUCCUCAUCCUCUACACCUCCAACAGUGCCAACGAAGUCUUUCAUUACGGCUCCCUGCGGGGCCGCGCCCGCCGGCCCGUCAACCUCAAGAGGUGGAGCCUCACCGAUGGCUACAUCCCCAUUCUCGGCAACAAGACUCUGCCCUCCCGGUGCCACCAGUGUGUGAUUGUCACCAGCUCCAGCCACCUGCUGGGCACCAAGCUGGGCCCUGAGAUCGAGCGGGCCGAGUGCACAAUCCGCAUGAAUGACGCCCCCACCACGGGCUACUCAGCCGAUGUGGGCAACAAGACCACCUUCCGCGUAGUGGCCCAUUCCAGCGUAUUCCGUGUGCUGCGGAGGCCCCAGGAGUUCGUCAACCGGACCCCUGAAACCGUGUUCAUCUUCUGGGGUCCCCCAAACAAGAUGCAGAAGCCCCAGGGCAGCCUCGUGCGCGUCAUCCAGCGGGCAGGCCUGGUGUUCCCCAAUAUGGAGGCUUACGCCGUCUCUCUUGGCCGCAUGCGCCAGUUUGAUGACCUCUUCCGGAGUGAGACAGGCAAGGACAGGGAAAAGUCCCACUCGUGGUUGAGCACAGGCUGGUUCACCAUGGUGAUUGCGGUGGAGUUGUGUGACCAUGUGCACGUCUAUGGCAUGGUCCCCCCCGACUACUGCAGCGGCCCCGCCUGCAGCGCAUGCCCUACCACUACUAUGAGCCCAAGGGGCCGGACGAGUGUGUCACCUACAUCCAGAAUGAGCACAGCCGCAAGGGCAACCACCACCGCUUCAUCACGGAAAAGAGGGUCUUCUCGUCCUGGGCCCAGCUGUACGGAAUCACCUUCUCCCACCCCUCCUGGACCUAGGCCACCCUGCCUGUGGGACUCUUACAAGGGACACAGGAGAAGUGGGUCUCCGCCCAGCCGCUCGACCAAGGGCCAUCGUCUGGCUAAUCAAGGCUGGUCAGAGUGUCUUCUGGCCAUUCCGUCCUUGAAGAGGAUAUAAUCUCCAGCCGUUCAGGGCCUGGGGGUAUCUCUUGGCCAAUCAGGGAUUUGGGCUUCUAUGUGGUUACUCGGGUGUCGAGGGUAUUUCUUGUCCAGUCAGGGUCUGAGCAUAGUCAAUCAGGGUAUUUCUGAGUAAUCCGAGGCUAAUGUCGUGUCUUUUCCCAUGAGGCCUUGGUUCAGAGUCUCAGGACAGACUCUAAAUCACUUCCUAUUGGUUGGGGCAGUGGGGUCCUGUCCCAAGGAGCUGGGAACUCGUGUCGUCCCCUCACUCCCCAGAGCCAGAAAGAGGUUGUGUGGCGGUGGAAGCUGUCUGGAGCCCAGGCAGGGGCAUCUGUGGGAUUCGGGGGGUUCCAGGCGUGGGAGGCAGGUGUCCGGGUCUUGGCUCUGCCGUGAGUGGCCUUGGACAGACCCCUUGCCCGCUCUCUGGGCAUCCUUCUGCCUGUGUCAGGUUCUAGAGUCUGAGAACCCUCCCACCUCCUCCAACGACCACCUUAGGUCUGUUCUCUGUCAAGAUUGGACCCCACCAGCCACCACCCCUUGCCGGAGGGCUCAGCUCUCUGAGGGUCUGGGGUUCCCUUCCCCACCUCCUCCUGGAAACUUGAGGAUGUUUUUGUGCAAACUCUCCCAGGCUUUGGGGAACUCUGAAAAGAAGGGACAAGCCUUCAGCUGUUUUCCUAGCCCUUCCGCCCAGCUGCCAUUAGCGUGGCUCUUAAAGAGCCAGGCCCCCUUUUCUGCCAUCCAGCAGUGAGGUUUUCCACCUGUUGGAGGAGCCCUUGGGGCUGAGAGAGGGGGGAUCCCAGCCCAACUGAGGUUCCCUGCAGCCCCUUUGUCUGCAGCUGCUGGAGUAGUCCAAGGGUCUCCCCCGGCUGGGCCUGGGAAGGCCCUAGGGGGCUGGGAGCUGUUGCCUGUGUUCUGUCCCCUCUCUCUCCAUCAGGCACUUUAUUGCUGCUGGACUUCAGUGGGGUGGGUUUAAUCCCUGCUCUUCUGGAGUCUUAGAGAAGACUGGAGGAGGCUGUGCAAUGGGUCGAGUCAGGUGGAGGAGACGGAGGCCCGCAGUGAGCCAUUGCACACUGGGGCAAGGGGUGGGGGCCGGCGACUACCCUAGACUUGGUUUUGUAAUGAUUUGUACAGGAAUAAACACACCUAAGCUCCGG